AUGGAGAAGCACAUUUUCUUACUGAUACUUCUCUUUUUAGUUCAAUUUCCUAUAUCAAUUGCUUCCUCAAAUGAGACUGACCAACAAGCCCUACUAGCUUUCCAAAAUCUUAUUACAAGUCCCAAUCAAUUUUUGGCUAAUAAUUGGACCAAGAAUGCAUCUUUUUGCUCUUGGUUCGGUGGCACGUGCAGUACAAGAAGGCUAAGGGUUGUGGCCUUGGCUCUUCCUAAUUUGCAACUUCAAGGCACAAUUUCCCUGUCUUUGGCCAAUAUGUCCUUUCUCAGAGAGCUCAAUCUCGAGAACAACUUAUUCAAUGGUGGCAUCCCUUACGGACUUGGCCAGUUGCCUCACUUGCGAGUCAUUGAUUUUCAAAACAAUCAGCUCCAAGGAAGUAUUCCAACAAGUCUAUUUCAACACCAGAGAGUUCGAAUCAUUUCAUUGGCUUUCAAUGAACUCAGUGGUGAAAUGUGGAAAGGGCCAUGGUAUGUACCAGAACUCAAAGUCUUAGAUCUCGCGAACAAUAGCCUCACAGGUAUAAUCCCUCCUUAUGUUGGUAAUGCCACAAAAUUGAUGAACUUCGAUUUGUCUGGGAGUAGAAUCAAUGGUACCAUUCCAAUGGAAAUUGGUAAUUUGAGCCAACUUGCAUCUUUGUCCUUGGUUGAUAAUCAGUUAACAGGUUUUAUUCCUGGAUCACUGUUUAACAUUUCAUCACUACUUGGCGUAACUCUGGGAUUGAAUCACCUUUCUGGUCCUCUCUUGCUUGAUGAAAGGAAUAUUGAGUCAAAUCUGAAGAUACUAAGUAUAUCUUUCAAUCAAAUUUCUGGUCACAUUCCUUCUAACAUAUGCCAACUCACACAGCUCAAAAUUUUGUCAUUAUCUUUCAAUAACAUAACUGGAGACAUACCCAAAAAUAUUGGUUGUUUAGCCAAGCUCGAGAUGUUCUUAAUUAGUGAGAAUGCAAUAAGUGGGACUAUUCCUGUUUCAUUGGGCAAUAUUUCCACUCUGCAAUAUCUUGAUUCGGGGGACAAUCGGUUGGAGGGACAAGUUCUUCAAGAAUUAGGGAAGCUAUCAAAUUUGAGGGUGUUAAACUUUCACAAGAAUUUUAAUCUUAUUGGUCAAAUUCCAAAGGCUAUUUUCAAUAUAUCUUCUUUGGAAGCGAUUGAUUUCAGUUUCAAUAGCCUCUCAGGUAGAAUUCCAGCCACUACUGAUCUUCAUCUUCCGAACCUUAAAGAGUUUAUGUUGGCAUUCAAUCAGCUCGAAGGAGAAAUGCCUCAAUACAUAGCAAAUGCUUCCAAGCUUGAGAUACUGACGCUAAAUUAUAACUUUCUGACAGUUGCUAUUCCUACUAAUUUAGGAAAUCUUCGCGAGCUGCAAUCACUGUUCCUAGAUCAUAAUCAACUUACCAAUGAACCAAGAGAGCCUGAGUUGUUAUUCUUGAAUUCUUUGGUGAACUGUAGGAUGCUGAAAUAUCUAGAUGUGGGUUUCAAUCUGUUGAAUGGCGUUCUUCCCAAUUCUAUUGGGAAUCUUUCAUCUACUAUUGAAGUAUUUGAUAUAAGAAAUGCACACAUCUAUGGCCUCAUUCCCACAAGUAUAGGCAACAUGAGCGGUCUUAUAUCCCUAGUCUUUAAUGAAAACAACUUGACAGGAUAUAUUCCUCUAGAGAUUGGUAAGCUUAAACAACUCCAAGGUCUGUACCUAAAUAACAAUAAAUUGCAGGGACAUAUUCCAGAGGCGGUAUGCCAUUUAUCUCAUUUGGUCGAAUUAGCUAUGGAUGGUAAUGAACUCUCUGGAUCAAUUCCAGAAUGUUUAGGAAAUCUUGGGAUGCUACUAUAUCUUUCGUUGGGAUCAAAUAAAUUUUCACCAAAAUUUCCCUCGAGUCUUUGGAAGAUGAGUGGACUUCUCUACCUAAACAUGUCACAUAAUUCUAUAGAGGGAGAAGUUCCACCAACUAUUGGAGAACUGAAAGCCAUUGAAGAACUAUAUCUUUCCGGUAAUCACUUUUCAGGCCAGAUACCAAGCAGAUUGGGAGAGCUCCAAAGAUUGAAGUCUCUUGACCUAUCAAACAAUUCAUUUUCAGGCUCAAUUCCAUUAUCCAUUACCAACUUGAUGAGCUUAGAAGACUUGGAUUUGUCUUUAAAUGCAUUGUCAGGUACUAUUCCCAAGUCUUUGGAAAAACUCUCAUACCUUACAAGCAUCAAUGUUUCAUUUAAUGAUUUAGAAGGUGAAAUACCCAGUGGUGGUGUGUUUGUAAAUUCCACUCUGCUAUCAUUUCUCGGGAACAAAGGUCUAUGUGGAAUGCACAUGAGCUUCCCGCUUGUCCUAUCACUAAUCCUGGACAACAAUCAGUGUCUAAGAAACUUGUGCUAA